AUGCCGCGAGCCCCCCGUGUCAGCGACGUGGGACCGUGGGACAUCUAUGCAGGAGACGUCAUCAUUCUUUCAGGUUGCCCGAGAGCAAAGAAGAGCGGCAUCAGGAUAGCACAGAGCAAGGAAGACAAAGAAGACCAGGAGCCCAUCAGAUGUCCCGUUCCCGGGUGUGAUGGCCAGGGCCACAUAACCGGGAAGUACGCCUCCCAUCGAAGCGCGUCAGGGUGCCCCCUGGCCGCCAAGAGACAGAAGGACGGGUACCUCAAUGGCUCGCAGUUCUCCUGGAAGUCGGUCAAGACGGAGGGCAUGUCGUGUCCCACGCCGGGCUGUGACGGGUCGGGGCACGUCAGCGGCAGCUUCCUCACACACCGGAGGUGA